AUGGACGCGACACAGCCAAGGCGACUGUAUCAAGUUUGGAAAGGAAGCAAUGUACGGUCUCGAACUAGUCCGUCACCACGAAUUUGCGAAUGAUUCUUGCUAAUGAUUUUUUAAUUGGAAUGUUCCUUUCGAUAUUGGUCCCACACAAUCAAUGCGUACGCGUAGUUCCCAGAUUGUUUCACUGCCAUUGCUUUUCUUAAAGAAUCGUUAUCUCAGAUUUGCCGUGUUGAACGGAAUUCCAAUCUACCUCAGGUUUUAUGUUGAUUGGGAUUGUCUUCAAUUCUCCGGAUGUAACUUCAUCUAUACCGAUCAGUUUUCCUAUUUUAUUUUACUCGAAUAUCGAACGCCUGCAUGCAUCAUACAUAUCUCCUCACAGUUCUCUCCGAUUAUUCUUUUCAUUGCAUUUGUUAAGCCUUUGGAACGCGAUGGCGUGAAUACCUGUAGGGCGAGAUUGGUCGACUUCUGCGAGGGAGGUUGUUUGAAGCUAUAUUCCCCUUCAUUUGGCGGAAAUUUCCUAUUUUUCCACUCUAACUAAUUAAUUUCUCAGAGGAACGAGAGCAGGCCGAUUCCUUUCAUUUGCUUAACCACAUGGUCGAUAUCUGCGACCAAUUGAUUUGAUUUCAUAUACAUCCGAGGCCAAAUAUUGUGCGACAUAAAUUCUUACUAAGAAUGUGACUUCUCUGCCAUGUUCUGCUUAUGAUGGUUUUGAUAAAAUCGCUGAUAUCUCUCUGCCUGCUUUAAUUACUUGUUUCAUUUCCAAGUCACUUCCUGAUCCAGUAUGGAUUUAAUUUGAGUGAUUUGUCCAGUGAUUCUGGUAAAAUAUAUAUGACGGCGCAUUCUAGAGUCAACAUGUUAAUGUAUAUGAUGCAGACUCAUGAUGGUGGAACCCUUUAACGUCUCAGAGGUUUUUCUGUGGUGGGAAGCUGAUAUUUGGUCCGGAUGUGGCAUCACUACUCAUAUCAGCGCUCCUAAUAGCAGGGCCAUCAGUCGCUUUUUGCUCUCAAGUGAUCUCGAAAAUAAGUACUUCUGGGAAGAACGGUUCCUGGAGGGACAGAGAUCAGGCUCACAUCCUUGGAUUUCCUGCUCUGAUCGUGGCCAUAGCGAUUACUGUGUUGGUGAGCUCUUUGAAUUAUCCUGAUCAGAUCUGUCCAACUUUCAAGAAUUUCAGAGAGUUAAAUUUUUCUCUCCCGCUACGUUUCACCUUCGCAUUCUGUAAAAUGCAGGACUUGAUCUUCCUCUUCCUGACAUCCAGUAGAGAUCCAGGUAUCAUACCGAGAAAUACCCAACCACCUGAUUUAGAGGAAGCGUUUGACAGAACUGCACAAUCCAUGGAGUGGGUGAACGGGAUAACCCAUCAUGUACAGCUUCCCCGUACUAAAGAACUCACUGUAAAUGGCUUUUCUGUGAAAGUAAAGUUCUGUGACACUUGCUUGCUUUAUCGUCCGCCCCGCGCUUCUCAUUGUUCAAUCUGCAACAAUUGUGUCCAGAGAUUUGACCAUCACUGCCCAUGGGUGGGCCAGUGCAUCGGAUUAGUAAGUCAUAUUGUCAAGGGAUUAAAUUCAAUUUACUUAGUUUUCUAUGGCCAUCGUUCUUUUUUAGUUUCAUUAUUUUGUUUCAAGCAUUAACCAAAUAUUGCGACGGUUAUGACAUGAAAUAUCAAAAAUUUAUAUUUAUUAACUUUUCAAAUUUAGCUCGUGCGCAAGGUAAGAUGUCAUAUUUCAUAUUAAUCAUUUCAUCUUUUUUUAAUGAUGAAAAGCACAUGGCUAUGAAUAUGACUCGUGAGCUCUCGAUCUAAUGGAUGGAUAUGAAAUGGGGCAUUUCGAUUCUCGUCAGCAUUCAUAUAAGUUUUAAGAUUUUAUUGUUUCAGUGAAGCUAACAUUCCUUCAUUUGUCUCAUUGCAGCGCAACUACCGAUUCUUCUACUUGUUUAUAUCAUCGUCGACUUUCCUAUGCAUUUACGUGUUCACAUUUUCGUGGCUGAAUAUUAUUGGAAGAAAGGGGCAUUAUGGCUCAAUUUGGAAGUUGAUGUGGGGAGAAAUCCUAUCUCUUUUCUUGAUCACUUACACAUUCAUAGCCGUUUGGUUCGUCGGUGGGCUCACAAUUUUCCACACAUAUCUGAUCUGCACCAAUCAGGUGAGUCCUCCUUAUAGAUACCCUGCCAAUAUAGAAUCAAGAAAUCACUACAAUGUCCGAACUAUAUUCCAAAUUAUAUCUACAGACCAACAUUAUUCUGGCAUUCUGUUCUGAACGCUGCUAAACCCUAUUUCACCAUUCUGAUCAAAGCCUGCUUGGUUAGACCGAUAUAGAUAACUUUUCUGAACAGAGCCAUCGGCAUCAAUCCCUCUUCUGUGCAUCCUUUUGAUUCUCGGUGCCAUUUUCCCUCUUGUGCAGACAACUUACGAGAACUUCCGGUACCGAUAUGAGACGAAGGUGAACCCAUACGACAAGGGGAUCUUUAGAAACUUCAAGUCUUUAUUUUUCUCAAGGAUCCCUCCGUCGAUGAACAAUUUCCGGUCCUGGGUACCCACGGAAUCAGCAGAAGCUGUGCCAUUGACUCCAAAGGUCGGAACGGAUAUCACCAGCCAUAUAGAAAAGAUCGACAUGGAAAUGGGGAACAAGGUCUCAAUCGGCAGCAUCACACCUGACCCGGAUUUCGGAGGUUUCAGUGAUGAUCUGAAGAAGAACAGGCACGACAGGGAUCUAUUGCAAUUUCCCACCCUCCAAGAACCGUUCACUGAAGGAGUGGUCACUGGCCGGGCCCCGGGCCUCAAGAAGCAGUGA